AUGCUGGGCCAGGAUCGCCUCUCCACGGUUCACAGCCGGAUCGAGAUGGAAGACGGCCGUGAGUUGGUUCAAUGACAUUGUUUGUUUACUUUUUAUUUUCUUAAAGCUCGAAAAACUAUUGUUUACAAUUACAAAAUAUUUAGUGGUUUUUGAAAUUUUAACUGACUAUUUGAUCUAUUAGGUUUAGUGCUAACCCAAAUUAUUAGGUGGUUCAAAUAAUCUUGUGCUCGAUCUCAAAACAACUUUUUGGGGCUAGGGGCACAGAAGUAUUUGAACAUUCAUUUUUAAGAAUGGUUUAAAACGUGAUUUCAAGCAAUUUUAAGACAUUUUAAAAAUGGAAGUUGAGUGGUAGAUUUUCAGUGCAAAUUACAUUGUAAAAAUUCCACUGAACUUCCAUUUUUAAAAAAUGUUGUUUUUAGGGUUUCUAAUGAAAGUUGCUAAUAUUUUGUGACCUGUAAAUAAAAUUUUUGAUAUAUUAAGAGCUGUAAACAAAGUUUUUUCGAUUUUUUUUGUUUUUUAAGAUUUUCGAAUUUGAUUUUUAAAUUUGGGAAAAAACUAAAAUUUGAAAAUUUUAGUCAAUAAUUCUUCUCAUUUUCAGCCACCAAACCCCCACAAACGAUAAUGGAGUACAUACGACGACGUUUCACUUGUGUAUACCUAAUCCUUGGCUUCAUAUUACUAAUAGCGCUAGCAGUACUAGUCGUAGCACUUAUGCUGUUAUUUCACAUGAAAAAGAUUGGUGGUCAGUUCCAAAAUGUUACCAAGCUGACUGGCAGUGAGAAUUUUAUGCACUUAUACGAGGAUUUCACAAAAGCCAAAGGCACUCACAGGCAACCGACCCCAAUGAAUGAACUGGUCAACCGACUGACGCCGGAACAACUGGCUAUGGCUAGGACGUAUGGUAGGGAUUGUUUACAUUGGUUUUUUUGUAAAAUACGAUCUAGUAUUUUUGGUGUUAAUUUUGAAAUUAUAAAGGUAGUAAAAAUAAAAAAAAGUUACAUUUUUAAUAUAUAAUACAGUGGUCUCUCUAUAUAGUGAACCAUCUGUAUAAGCAACUCUCCUUAUAGUAAAUAAGAAGAUUGGCCCCGCCAAGCCAAUUUGCACAAAAAGCCUCUCUUGUAAAGAUAACAUUCCCUAUAGUAAACACAAAAUGUCGGUCUCUUCGGUUUGCUUAUAUAGAGAGAGUACUGUAAUACUAAAAAAGGCUAAAACAAAUACCAUUUCUAAAUAUUUUCAUUUUGAAUAUUUUAGGUCUACUACCACCAGAACCUCCAAAAGACUUGGGGAACCCAAUAAAACCGAUUGUCAACGGAAAAUCGACUGAAAAACCGAAAAUUUCGGAAAAUUUGGACGAAAAUCCUCGGGAAACUUUCGAAAAACAGGACAAAACCUUUUAUCAACACGCGUGGCACGACCCAAGCUGUAAUAUACAGUGCAACAAGGCUGAGUACGUUUGCUUCUCUUUCUGUUUUGUUUUUAGUGUACUCAUUUUAAUUAUUUACUUUACAGUGUAACAAUACCACCAUUACUGAUCAUAAGUAUGGACGCAUUUGCGGCCAAGUAUUUGAGUCGAAAUCUGGUGCCAUCUUUGGACACAAUGGCUGAAUGUGGUGCUAGAGCUAAGGUAUGAAGUAAUCUUUAAUUAUUUUUUUUAUUUUGAAAAAGUUUUGGUGAAAUGGGUAUUUAGGAACAAGUUAUACAAUAUACAGGUUUGGUUGUAUGACAUGUCACUUGUAAUUUAAAAAUGCAAAAAUAAUUAUAAAAUACGAAUUUAUAGCUUAUUUCUAACAGUAAGCCUUUUUUUUCAAAAUUUUUGGGUAUUAAGCGACAUGUUAUACGAUGAAAAAUGUUUGAUCUUAUAACGUGUCCUAUGUUAAGAAAGACAAAGAUAUUUUUUUAAAUACAACUUUAAGGAUCUUUUGAAGUUUUUAAGUGUAUUGUGGGCAAAAAAUUCUAAUUUUUUCUUAAGUGGCAUGUUAUACGAUGAAAAGUGUUUUUAAUGAAAAUUAAAUUUUUUUAAAUUUUGAUGAUUUUCAAAUAAAAUUUUGUAAAAUACGGGUAUCCAACCUAGAAAUUCGUAUUUGAGCUUAAUUUUUGCAAUAAAUAAACGGUUUUUAAUAAGUAACAUUUUUUACAAUAAAAAGGUAUUUAAAGAAUUUUUUUGCCGAGUUUUAAUUUUUAGAUGAAAUUUUGUGUAAAAAUACGGAGAUUCGGACCUUUUUUUAGAUAUUGGACCUAGAAAUUAGAAAAAAAUUGUAUUUCAGCACAUUUUCCCUUCAUACCCAACGAAAACCUUUCCCAACCAUUACACCAUGGCUACGGGUCUAUACCCGGAAUCUCAUGGCAUCGUGGACAAUGCCGUCUAUGACAAAGACAUAUCACCACAAGAGGAAGACAUGAAAAGCACCAAAUUCCCCGAGUUUUACAAAGGAGAACCCAUCUGGAGCGCCGCCGUCCGCCAACGCCGACGAAUGUUCUGCUUAUUCUGGCCGGGAUGCUCGUACAAUAUGACUGGUAGGGUAAAAUUAAGGUUAUAUUAGGGUAGAUAUUGGUGAUAGGAGACGAUUUUUGGCUUUAGGGUGUGAAAGGGCAACGAUUUUGUUUACAACGAUAAACAUGGCAAUAACUUUCUUUACAAUGCGAAAAAUGGCAAGAACUUUUUUUUCAAAACAUAGAAUGGCAAAAACUUUCUUUACAACACACAAAAUGGCAAGAACUUUCUUUACAAAACGAAAAAUGAGAAGAAAACUUUACUUUCAAAGUGUCUUAAAAUGGCCUAAAAACAAAUUUUCGACGAUUUUUAAAAACGGAAGUUGAGUGGUAGAUUUUUAGUGCAAAACACAUUACAAAUCUUCCACCAAAUUCUCAAUUUUCAAGAUUUUGAAAAAUUAGUUUUUUGCCAUUCCAGGCUACAUGCCAACUGUCGACCUGAAGUACAACAAGAGUAUGACCUAUUCGGAGCGAAUCGAACGCAUCAACGAAUGGCUAAUGCUGCCGGCCGAAGAGCGGCCCAGCCUCAUCAUGGCCUACUUUGAUCAGCCCGACACCGUCGGUCAUUGGUUUACGGACGAUCGUACUGUAAAUAUGGAGCUGAGCUACAUGGAAUCUGUUCUUAAUUACAUGUUCUCUCUGUUCAAAAAGAAUGGCAUACUGGACUGUACGAAUAUUGUCAUAGUAUCGGAUCAUGGCAUGCAAAAACUCGACAAACGCUUCUAUGUGGACGAAAUGCUGGACACAAAGGGCAUGGUCGUGGCUAACGGAGUAGUUGGACGAAUAUAUUUGAAUGAGUCAAGUAGGUUUUGAGAGUUGCGAAGAGAUUGAUGUUGGACAUGUUUGAUUCUACUAUAACAUGUCACAUUUUGUAAAAUACGUUUGUUUUCAUUGCGUAUCUAAAAAAUUUUUACAUUUGUUUUUAUUUUCUAGAACACGAUGUAAACUACGUGCUGGACAAGUUUGAAUGCAAUGACACCUCAAGUUAUCAUGUGUACGAUCGGAAACGGACCCCAGCCAGGUAUCAUUACACCAAAACACAUCGCGUCGGUGAUGUACUGCUAGAAGGACGACCUGGAAGCAUCUUUUGGGCGUAAGAAUUUUAAAUUUUAUAGUUUUUAAAGUUUGAGAUAUGAGGGACAUGUUAUACGAUCAAACAUGUUUACAUGGGAAAUAUGUUUUAUCGUAUAACAUGUUGCUUUAUAUGCUAAUAAUGUUAAAAAUACGUUACAGGCUUACGAAUAAGCUAUAAAUUCAUAUUUUUAAUUAUUUUUGUAUUUUGUUUAAAAGUGACAUGUUAUACGAUCAAACAUGUUUACAUGGGAAGUAUGUUUCAUCGUAUAACAUGUCGCUUAAUUUAAAAUUUUUUUUAAAAUGAUGAAGAUAUACGACAUAAAGUAAUCAUUUUUGAUAUAACCCUUUACAUUUUCUAAAUUUUCCAUUUUCAGUGACCGAAAGUCGGACUACAAGGUAGUGGGCGACCAUGGUUAUGAUUACCUCGAAGAGAAUAUGCACGCCAUCUUCUUUGCCCGCGGCCCAAAUAUUCGGCCACAAACGGUACUAGAACCCUUCCAAAACGUAGAGUAUUUCAACUUGUGGACAGAACUACUACGACUCAACAAGGACGUACCAAACAAUGGUACCGAUGGUCUGUUGGACGAGGUCUUGCACAACAUUCAACCAUUGAAAACGACCAUGCCUUACACCUUGAGGCCUGUACAGUAAGAGUUUUUACAGGUUUUUGAAGUAAAAUACGCUUUUUUUAUUUUGGUUUAAUUUGUCGGGUUGGACAUGUUUCAGAGUAUAAUAUGUCUCUAUUUAACAUAGAAUCAAUAAAAAUGCUAUAAACUUUCCAGGGAAUGUCAAAACCUCCCUCUGCACGAGCACCGCGAACUCAAAGCCUGCUCUAACUCCACCGAAUGCAAAUCCCAAGCUCAAGAAGCCAACGAACAAUUUUCAAACUGCCCGGUCCAGACCUCAAGCUACGUCGGCACCUUCUACACCUCACACCCAGCCCUUUGUUUCAUCGACCACUGCACGGUAGCGACUGUAAUCGAUAGCGACAACAACUUUGGAAGCCCGAAAAUUGUGUUUGAAACGCUGAAUGCCCAGGAUUUUGAUGAGAAAGUAAAGAAAAACAAAGAAAUUUGUGGUUUAAACGACGUUAGAUACGAUAAGGAUUGCGGAAAUUGGACAAAAACCAUGAAAAUGAAGCUGGACACAGAGCUACAGUGGAGAUCGAUCGCUGCGAACGAGAAAAACGGUAAGAACUUUACUUAUCACCCAAGAAUGGUUAGAACUUUCUUUACAAAGCAAAAGUGGCAACAACUUUCUUGACAACACAAUAAAUAGCGAGAACUUUCUUUACAAAGUAAAAAUCAUUCGCUUAACCUUCGUAUAACUUACUUGUCAUCCGCAGCCUUCAGUUAGCCUCAAAUUGAGCAAAACCCUAUAUAAUGGACUCAGGGACGCCGUUUAGAGGGGGGGGGGUGGUUCGGGGUGACUCCCCUCCCCCCAGAGCCGAUCCGAAAAAAAUGCACAGGUAGUACGUGAAAAAACGAAAAAAAUUUUUUCUGUACGUGAAAAAAACGAAAAAAAAAAUUUUUUUGAGUCUCCACCUUCCCCCGGAGAAAAACCGUAGCGAAGUCCCUGAAUGGACUAAAAUUUUAAUUGAAAAUUAGAUUUUUUUAAAUUUAAUUUGAUGUAAAAUACGAACAUCCAUUUAAUGAAUUCAUUUUUUGAGCUUAUUAUUAUAUUGGCAAAAAGUGUUCGUUUAGGAACAUAUGAUACGACGAAAGUCCGGAGGGUUUCAAAACAAAUGUGUAUUGGGAUAACUUGCAAGAAAUUUUUUUACAAUGCAAAAAAUGGCAAGAACUUUAUUUACAAAGCAAAAAAAAGUUUAACAAAUUUUAAAAUUUUUGAUUUAAAAAAAAUUUUAUUAUUUUGUGUCUUACCUAACACUGCACAACGCUUAAAAUUAGAAUUCUACAAAUUUUGGAAAUCCGAUUUUUCAGCCAUUUCCAAGUACUCGAAGCUGUACACGAUGAUGUACAAAGAGUUUGCCGAAGGACCGUUCGCUUUCCUCCAAAAUAUCACCAAGUUUUAUACUCAAAAGUUUGGCCGAGUCGUCUCGUUCAGUGGAGUGGCCUAUGACUACAAUUACGAUGGACUGGCGGACUCACAGGAUGAGUUUUGGUAAGUGGCGGUGAUUAAUUGUGAUUGCAAAUGGCAAAAACUUUUUUUACAAAACAAGAAAUGGUUAUUAUUUUGUGUACAGACUAAUAUAAACCAUGACUUUUAUAGGACCUACGUUAAUUCCCUUCCAAAAGGCAAUGAAACCCUCCAGAAGCCCACGCACGUCUUCAGAAUCCUGAUGCGCUGCGAAAACAAUCAAUGGCACAUCAGUGGCCAGAACUGUCGCCGCUCUACCCAAACCAAACUACUAGCAUUCGUACUACCCAAUGCCGAAAAGGACCUAAACUGCAUGGAACAGGACCAGUACUUAUUGACCAACACGGCUCGAAUCAAGGACAUUGAGCUAUUGACCGGUCUUCAGUUCUUCCAUGAGCGAAUGUGGUUCGGCGAACGAGAUGCCCUCAGGUGGCGGACUAAUAUCACUACUGAGCUGUGGUAA